GGCAUCAGCCUGCCUUCAUCCGGCAGUCAGCGAGGACACUUCAGGGCGCAGGGGCAGAGAGACGGGACGGAGAGAGAGUGAGACAGAGAGAGAGAGAGAGAGAGAGAGAGAGAGAGAGAGAGAGAGAGAGAGAGAGAGAGAGAGAGAGAGAGAGAGAGAGAGAGAGAGAGAGAGAGAGAGAGAGAGUGUCGUCAGGAGCAGCCUCCAGAGGGCUCUGACUGAUACAGAUCCUCUCCACAGCUCUGUACGCAGUAGCUCUUUCUGCUGUUUCCCGACACCGGCAGUGUUGAUGAGGAUGGCGGGUGGCUUCUUCCUUUCCACAGCAUCGUCACUAGAGCAACGGUAGCAUCAGCAUCUACAGCAGCAACAGCUUCAGCCUCAGCAUCAUCAGCAGCAGCAGCAGCCGGAUCUAUACUCUGCUGCUGGUCCCUAUUCUUCAGCCGCCUCCUCUCUCUGGUGUCUAAGAGGGCUGCUGUCAGGGCCGUUCAGCCCACCUCCACCUCUGCCUCCUCCUGCCUCCUCCUCCAGCCUGCCUCCUCCUCCAUCCCGCCUCUUCCUCCACAUCUCCAUCCUCCACAUGCUCUCCCUCCUUCCUUCCGCUGAGACACGGCACUGAAUGAAUUCUUCACCCUCUGACUGGAGCUGCUUUCUCUGUGAAGCCAUGCUGCUGAGUCUAGAGAGGAGAAAAGAGAGAGGGAACGAGACAGAAAAAGAGAGAGAGGAAGAAAAAAACAACUGCUUUCCUUUCCGUCUCUCCAGGUGUCAUGUGUGAUUGGCCAGCUUGCCCUCUGGCAGUAGCAUCAGCCUGGAUUCAGUGUGUGUCUCACCCCCCUGCCUGUGCCUGGACUCCGGCUGUCCCUGGGGACGCGCUACUGGGAUUUACCUCUUACUGCUGGAUGGAGAUGGCGCAGGGCUUUCUGCCUUUUUGAAAACUGUUCAUAGAAGGAGAAAUACACAGAUAAACAGAAUAAGGAAAUAUAAUGACUCAAUCAGCAGCACAACCAGGCAGACUACUGGAUUCCCUUAGCAACAACUCAGGGAGAAUAAGAGAGAAUUGAAUUGUCUCUUCCUAUCUUCUCUGGUGUCUGGUUUCUGGGCGCAACCCUGCAGACCAGCGUGGACCAACAGUCGGAUCUGAAAGAGCAGGACAAGGGGCACUGCAAAGGCACGAAGGACACGCAAGUCACCCUAACACCAGGGGAAGGACCCUCCACUUCCACCCUCUCUUUCACCUCCUCCUGUUCAUCACCAUGUUGGUUUGUCAUUCUUCCCCUGCACGUUCUAUGAAUUAGUCACAUUUUACUCGCUAAGACAUCCGUUUAAGACAUCCAUUCCUGCCAACUGGAAUAAGCCCUGCCACUGAAGAAAAUAUUGGACAUUCUUCGCACACACACAAACAAGCACAGAGAGACUCUCACCCUCCUCCUACCUUCCUUCCUCCUCUCUUUGACGAGAAAUGAACAACACAUGUCGGUCAUCAUCUGAGCAUAAAAUGGAUGUGUGCAGAAGUUACUGUUGAUGUGGGCUAUUUCUUUAUUCCUUCAAGAUCAGUUUAUUCUCCCGUCACUUCUGAGAGAAAAGGAACACUGCACAGCAGAGGACACAGGAGGAAUAUCUCCUGUUUUCAAAAGGAUUUGUCCUCCUCUCUCCCUAAAAAAGACAGAAGCCAAACUGAGGGAGUAUACUUAGAAGGCGAAGCUUGUCCCUACUGCCUACCAAUAAUGUAGACCAAGAUCAUGAACAAAAAAAAUAGCAACUGCGGGGAGUUCUACUUUUCUGUUACGCUUGGAUAUUCUGGUCUACAGGGGAGGUUGAACAUGAACCCCUUGUUCAGCUUGACAACCUGGGAUGCACUCUAUUACAGUAACCUGGCUGACACCAAGUCACUGCAUCAUACCCGCUAAAUACGAUUGUAAAGGGAGUCAUGGAUGGAGGAGGGUAACGCCAGGGGGUUGAGCGCUCAGGCCAGGCAAGGUCUUUUGGCUGUCCCGGGGCUUUUAAGAUGUUGAGCUCUCCCUGCGUGGCCGGGGCCCCUGUUCGGAUCAGUAGCACUGAGGCUCCUUGCGGCCAGAGACAUGGACCCCGACUCGGCUCCCCCCCGCCCCUGCCCUCAGCCUCAGCCCGCCAGCCCCUGGCCCCAAGUCGCCCUGUGAAGGAUGUCCCUCAGCAGAGCUCCGGCCCGGGACAACUCUGAGACCCCCAGCCAGACCCCCAGAGAACGGAUCCGCAGCCACAUGAAGAUGGUGAUCAACCAGCUGGACGGCAUUCUCAAAGAGCUCAAGGAUGUGGCCAAGGAACUCCGGGAGGUGGUGGGUCAGAUCGACAAGCUGACGUCAGACUUUGACUUUGACCUGGAGCUGGAUGACUGGACAGUGGCCACAGCGAGCAGCACGUCCAGCAGCGAGAGGGGCCUGGGAGAGGCCUUCAGGCUGGACUUCCUCAAUCCUGACGUGCUCUCAGACAGCUGGGAGUUCUGCAGCUAUCUGGAGGCCUCCGUCGCUGCAGCAAACGCCGCCCGCAAAGCAGUGCCAACAGAGCAGCCCACGGAGGCAGGGCUGGAGCCGGGGGCGGGGCGUGGGUGCAUCCCUACCCAGACCCAGACCCCAACCCCACCCCCCACAACCGCCUCAGCCUACUCCCAAAUGAAUGGGGGGCUGUCCAUCCCUAACGGACCUCUCAUAGUCACCCCAGACUCGUCCAGUGCCAGCGAAGAGGCCACCAGCUCCACACACAGCCACAAGACCUCUCGCACAUCCGGCACCAGAGAGAGAGUUCGCUUCAGUGACAAGAUCCUAUACCACGCCCUGUGCUGUGAUGAUGACGAGGAGGAUGAAGAGGAGGGAGAUGAGGAGAAGGGCGGCUGUGCGACCCCAGACACUGACGACAGUGAGCCCAGUCCUAGUCAAGCCGGCUCGCCCACACCACCGCUCUCCUCCUCAGAGCACUCCGUCCUCCAUAACUGUCUGGACCCUUCUUAUGUCUCGUUCCCAGUGAACGUGGCAGCGGGGACUCAUACGCUGCCCAGAAAGGGUCUCCUCAAUCCCGCAAGCUGCCGGAAAAAACUGCUACGGAACAGCAGCACACAGACUGUUUCAGAUAAAAGCACCCAAACUGUACUGCCCUAUAUUCCAGCCAAACAGAAAACAAAGGACCACUGAGAAACAGUAACUUUACAACGACAGAACUAAUGAAAAAGGAAUGUGUACUAUUUAAUAUUAAAUACAUAGAUCAUAGAUUAAUACACAAAUAAAUAAAUAAAUACAUAUUAAUUACUAAAUAAAUACAUGAUAUGGGAAAUGACUCGACUACCUAAAGUCAUUCUGAGGCUCAGGGAAACAAAGGAUAAAGGCAGUUCCUUAAGGCAGUAACAGAGAGAAAAGGGAUAUUGACAGACCAAAAGGCUAGUGCCUGCUAAUGUUAAGAAAUGGACCGAAAGGAUUCCCUAUUUCUAGCCAUUUGCAACACUUAUUGAGAUGACUAAAGCAAUCUUUUUUCUAGGAAGUUGAAAUUGUUCUGAAAUCGGCAAGUAAAUGUGAAGAGGUCGUUUCCCUCCUCGUACACCAGUAUAAAUCACGAGAAAAUAUCAUGCUUGUUCUUUAAGAUGUGGUUAAAAAACACUGCACAUUCUGUACACUGAGAAUCUGUAUAAACAUUGUCUUUUUCAUCUUCCAAUUAUUUCAAAUGUCAAGGGGGUUCCUGGUGUAACAACAGGGAGUGUAUCUAGAUGCACAAGUCAAGCCUCCUUCUCUCUUUG